GCGUUUACCUGCGGUUAGGGUUUCUCUCUCCUUUUUCUCUCUCUAUGUCGUGCUUUCUGUAUCUAGUCUCUGUGAAUGAUUAGUCGAUGGAAACAGAUCUCAUGGCUGACUAUCCUCAGGCUUACAUGGAUCGUCGCCCUAAGAAACGUGCCAGAUUAGAUUGGGACCCUUCUCAUACUCCCAAGGCUCAGCCAGGGAUAUAUUAUGGGCAAGAGGUUGGCACUGUGUCAAGCUAUGCACAUGGAAGAGUACUUUCUCAUCAUGAGAAUGUAUAUGUAAAGGAACUGGCUCAAAAAGGCUCUCCCCCAUGGCGAGAUGAUGACAAAGAUGGGCAUUACAUAUUUGAGCUGGGAGAAAAUUUAACUACCCGCUAUAAGAUCCUUAGGAAGAUUGGGGAAGGUACCUUUGGUCAAGUUCUGGAAUGCUGGGAUAGGGAACAGAAGGAGUUGGUUGCUAUAAAAAUUGUCCGCAGCAUUAAAAAGUAUCGUGAGGCUGCAAUGGUAGAAGUUGAUGUGCUUCAGUUGCUUGGAAGAUAUGACAGGAGUGGCAGUCGUUGUGUUCAAUUACGGAACUGGUUUGAUUACCGUAACCAUAUAUGUUUAGUGUUUGAGAAGCUUGGACCAAGUUUAUUCGAUUUUCUAUGGAAAAACAAUUAUCGCUCAUUUCCAGUUGACCUAGUUCGUGAGAUUGCCAGACAACUGUUGGAAUGUGUAGCAUUCAUGCAUGAUAUGCGUCUAAUCCACACUGAUUUGAAGCCUGAGAAUAUACUCUUUGUAUCUCCAGACUACAUAAAAGUCCCUGACUACAAGGACUACAAGUUUCCACCAUGGCCACCAAGAGAUGGAUCAUUCUAUAAGAGGUUACCAAAAUCAAGUGCUAUCAAAGUGAUUGAUUUUGGUAGCACAGCUUAUGAGCGUCAAGAUCACAACUAUAUUGUCUCUACUAGACAUUACCGCGCACCUGAGGUUAUCCUGGGUCUUGGAUGGAGCUACCCAUGUGAUAUGUGGAGUGUUGGUUGUAUAUUGGUAGAACUGUGCUCGGGUGAAGCUUUGUUCCAAACACACGAAAACUUAGAGCACCUUGCCAUGAUGGAGAGAGUUUUGGGUCCUUUGCCACUGCACAUGUUGAAAAGAGCUGAUCGACAUGCUGAGAAAUAUGUGAAAAGGGGUAGACUUGACUGGCCAGAAGGGGCAACAUCAAGGGAUAGCAUUAAGUCUGUCAUGAAAUUACCUCGUCUUCAGAACUUGGUGAUGCAGCACGUUGAUCACUCAGCAGGUGAUCUUAUCGACCUCCUGCAAGGACUACUUAGAUAUGACCCGUCUAUAAGGAUGACAGCUCGAAAUGCACUCAAGCAUCCGUUUUUCACUUGUGACCAAUUAAGGAGGUCAUAAGCGAGAGCACUGUGGUGGAUGAUUUGUUGCCUAACACGAUGCCCCAUGGCACUUUGCCUGUGAUUUGCAUGGAUUGCUUAGAACGCCGAAACUCUUUGCCCAACACAUUGUUUCUUGGAGCUCUUGUAAAUAAUGUCAUCAUGAUUCACGAGAUGCCCUUUCAUUCCAAGUUGUGAUCUUGUGCUUCUGCUGCUGCCUGGCCCUGGUAGCGUAAGUUUUGUAAGAGCUUUUCUCUUCCUGAAAAUGGAUCUUCUACUCAUUUACAAAUGAUGUACAAUUUCAGUUUUGUAAGUGUAUUUAUUAUGUUAAUAAUACAUCAUCUCCACAAUUUUAUUUUAUUUUUAA